ACACAAACCAUUAGACUAUAAACGGCGACGUAGUGCCUUCGAGAUACAAAGAUAAGUACCAGCAGAAACCUUCAGUGCUAGGGAAAAUUGCUGAUGGCGCCAGGAACAAGCCCUAGAAAUCAAAUUUGGGGAUUAGCUGAAUAGCGGAAUGAGUGAAGAAAAGAAUAAGAUGCAUGGAGGAGUGGGGGAAGAUAACCCUGAUGCUCCAAAACGUGUUGCUAGGAAGGUGAGGUUUCAGCCGAAAGUUCCUGCUCGGAAAAUCCCAAAACCAGCCGUCCCUAAAAUUGAUGUCCCUUCAGAAGCUGAAUUGGAGGAGAAGUUGAGAUUUGCCAACAGGACUUUGGAUUUGGGAAGAAAGCCCAAGACUGAGAAGAAAUAUGAAGAUAUUGAGUCUGACUUAACUAAGAAACCUACAUCAACAACCAUCAAGUCGUUUGGUUUGAGGAGUUGUACUAGUGAAAGCAGUGAAAUGAAAUCUCUAGAUAUCGUCCCAUUUGAAGGCGCUCCCUCACAUGAUUCCACUUCUAGGGCUCUUGUUGAACCGAAGAAAAUCAAACAAUACAAGGAACCCUGGAGCCAGUAUAGUAACUAUCCAGUUACCCUUCCUCUAAGGAGGCCCUACGCGGGUGACCCAAAAAUUCUGGAUGAGGAGGAAUUUGGGAAGGCAGGGGAUAACAAGGAAUAUGACGAAACAGCAAUAAAUGCUGCUGCAGAACUAGGCCUGAUGGAGGAAAGUAAUGAAACAAACAUGAUAUUUCUUCAGCUACCUCCUUCUUUACCUGCCUUUAAGCGCUCUGCUAGUGCCGUGGGAAAAGAGAUUGCUGGCAACAAGAGAACGAAUACCUGUAGUUUGGAGGAGUUGCGAUCGGGAUUCAUGGGGAAAAUGCUUGUAUACAAGAGUGGUGCUGUCAAAUUAAAGCUUGGUGACAACCUUUUCCAUGUGUUUCCUGGUUCCGGUGUGUGUGCUGAGAGUGUCGCAGCCAUUGAUACAAAAGGAAAGCGCUGUAACGUAGUCGGAGAUAUCACCAGGCGUGCUGUUCUGACCCCAGAUAUUGAUUCUAUUGCUCCCUUAAAUAGUAUCAUCAACUUAGACUAAUAUCUCGAAAUCUAAAAAACAAGAUGGCAUGCUGAAUAUGUUUUGCAACUCUGCAAUCAAUCAAUCCCAUGAAAAGCAUCUGACGGACAGAGUAACAUGCCAUCCACAAUGUGAACGUUGUUGUAUAGGUAAAUACCUAACUAUGAGACAGUGGCACUCAACUGACGAUGAGACAGUGAUUCGAGGAUUUUUCCUUCUGUAGUUGUGUGUACUAACUAGCUGUAUUAGUUCUAUUUUCUAUUCUGAUUUGAAAGAACAAGCUGCUUUUUUUGUUGUCGUCGUUGCCCGCCGCUGUGUUGAAUUGAACAGAUAGUCUUCUGAAGGAUUUGUCUGAUUUGGCAUCAUCAGUGCCUUAUUAUUGUUUCUGUUGCA